CAACACUCAAGUCAAUUUUCUUCAUAACAGCAAGAGCUUAACGCAUUCAGGCUUUGAUUGACAGACAGAGACAAUAGAUGCUAUGCAGUCUCGUACCAUGCUCUAUCGCGCACGCUAUGCCACGCUAUACCAUGCCAUACCAUGCAUUACACCAAACAACCCCAGCCUAACAUCAGGCAUACAGCCUUCUUCUCCUCCUCCUCCUCCUCCUCCUCCGCCUCGCCUCCGUAGCGUAAAGAACAAAAAACAAAAAACGUUAAAGAAGAGUCGUGACGUCGUGAACGGAUGUGGCUCAAAAACGACAACGUGAACGAUAUCGAAGACCACCGAAGAUCGUCGAUGAAGAAAUGGACUCGG